UCGUAUCGUGCCGUGCUGUAACCUAUCAUUCCACAGCGCGCUCUUUUUUUCCCCCCUUGAAUCUUCCUAAGUGGUAUUGUUGACCCCGAGUCGUGGAAUUGUUUUGUGCGUGCUGGACCCUGUUAACCUUGGAAGUAUAGUCACACACUCCUCCGAUUUUGCAUACCGACAUUGGAAAAACGAAUACCUGGAUUGAUUGAUGUCCUUCGAUUGCCGUGAUGGAUCCCAAGAAUGAUGCUCCCGCGCAUGGAGCCGUAGUCGAUAUCGGCGGUAGCAACAUGUAUGACGGCAUUGGCAAGCGAUUGCAAGAGGCCCUCACGGCUCCAUACUCUCCAACCUCCAAACCCACGCUGCCCGACGAAUUACUGUACGACGAUGUCGGGUUGCCGAUCUGGAAUCAGAUCAUCUUCACCCCUGAAUUUUAUCAGACUCAUGACGAGAUUGCCUUGUUUGAUAAGCAUGGCGCCGAUGUUGCUGCGCGAUGCCCAGCUGGUGUCACAAUUAUCGAUCUAGGAGCUGGUGACACUCGCAAGGUUGGUCACCUUCUCGCAGCCUUUGAAAAGGACAAAGUUCCCGCCAAGUACCUCGCAUUGGACAUCUCCAGAUCGUCGCUGAAUCACAAUGUCAAAUACCUCGUGGAGCAGCACCCGAGCCCUGAGUCUUCAGUGACCUGUGCUGGUAUCUGGGGUACCUUUGGCGAUGGCAUGAGCUAUAUCCAAAAGAUCUCGACACCCCGUCUCUUCCUCUCGCUAGGUUCGGUUCUCUGUAACGAUCCUUGGCCUGAAGCACUCGCUCACCUGAAGUUCUGGGCCGAUGCCUUGCGGCCUGACGACUUGCUUCUAAUUGGAAUGGACGGCCACACUCUUCCCAACAACAAGGAGAAGAUCUGGAACGCCUACCACUCUUGCGACGACCUCUACCACAAGUUCUUCUUGAAUGGCUUCAAACAUGCCAAUCGUCUGGCAGGUGAGGAAUGGUUUCGUGAGGAGGAUUGGGAACUCCUCGCGCAAUUGGAGGAUGAGCCCACUACUCGUCAUCGCUUCUUCUUCCGGGCCAAGAAAGAUGUGAAGCUUAAGAAGAUGAGCCGCAUCAUCCAGAAAGGCGAAGAGUUCGACUGGUUUGAUUCUCACAAGUACGGCGAAGAUAACGUGCGCCUCAUGUGCUAUAAGGCAGGACUGAGCGUAAUCGAUGUCUGGCAAGCCCCAGGAUCGGAGUUCCGUAAGUUCCCUCCUAUUAAUGCCCUCUGGCGAUUUCUUCUUUCUUUCCUUCUUUCUUUCUUUCAUUCCUCCUUUCUUUUUUUUCUUCUCUCUCUUCUUUUACGAUUUUCAUACUGACUUGUUUUCAGGACAAUAUCUCGUUCGCCGUAAGGACAGCAAGGACCAGCGAGACGACGCCGACAGUGCCGUCUCAGGAGUCAGUUACUAAUCUGUCUCCGCGGCUGGCCGCU